AUGUCGACCUUCAAGGGUCUUGUCGCUGAGUUUCCUGAGAUUAGGAUCGAUUAUUUUCGAACCAUUACGGGUGUAACGCCGCCAUUGGUUUGUUUCCUUAGCCAUGUCCACAGUGAUCAUCUCUUGGGGCUGGAGUCUCUCAAAGCUCCAUUUAUUUACUGCUCCGCUGCUACCAGAGAAUUGUUGCUACGCUUGGAAAAGUAUCCCCAUCGCAUGAAUUUUGCCAAGGGCAUCCUCGAAUGUCGCAAGCAGCAUUAUAAAAAUCUGAAGAAUCUUCUUAAGUCCAUACCGUUGGAAACACCAACAUGUUUGGAAUUGUCACCGGGAAGAGAAAUCCGCGUGACGCUCUUCGAUAUGCAUGUCGAUAGCUACAAAAUGAGACUUUACAAGUCCCUCACAGCUAGCGGUGAAGGUGCUCCAAUACCAGAGGCUUUCGCAUUGGCUGGGUUUAAGUGCGGCAACCGGCAUCACCCCGGUUGCCUGACCAGCGACCCUACCGUGCGACUCCAUGGCUGCGAGAGAGGCAUGGCUUGUUCUACAGUGAUGUCUAGUGAUGUCGUGCAUAUUAUACCGAUAAUUUCGCGUUUAGGGAAUGGGCUCGAACUUCCGGAAGUUGGAGCUGGCGGCGGCCAGGGCGAUUUACUACAGGUGCACGAACUGGAGCUCAGCGAUACCACAGCCGUCGGUUCCCUCAUGAAUCUCUGUAAAACUCAAGUACACGAUGUGGAAGCGUUUGCUAGGGUGUGCUCCUUGAUAUCGAAAGCGAUGCUCUCGACGCGUCAAGUGCUGUCUCUCGAGGCUGGGCUCUUGAACAAAGAAAACACGAUCCCGUUGACAGAAUUAAUUGAGCUUCUCGUCAAAGAGGCAGAAGAAGAAGAAACAAACAACAAAUCUGCUGAAAAUCGGACAUCAGACGUCACACCAAAGCACGAUGUUAAGAUUCUGCCACGAAGAAUUACAUUCCCUUACUCACGGCAUUCCUCGUACGAGGAGCUUUGCCACCUCGUGGAAGCUUUUCAUCCAAAGGAUAUCUAUCCAUGCACAGUUGUUGAAGAAGAGCAAUGGAACAGCAGUCUCAGCAUGCAGUCCCUUUUUGGCCAUUUAUGUUCCGGCAACGAAUUCAGCCACGAUCAGGAAAUGCUCGCUGCUCAAGAGUCACGGGGGGUCGGGAGGGUUAAAAAACGCCAGAGACUCGAGGAAAGUAGUCAGGACGUCGCAAUCUCUCCACACAGCCAACGAACCCAAACAACAGAGGCCAGCCCAGCAGCGUCACAGGAACAUGAGCAGAACGCCACUUCCCUACUUCCUCACAAUGUCGACCUUCUUACACCCACGCAAAUAAACCUUAACGAUCCUGCAAUCCUUCCCGAAGCUGCUCAACACGGCAACGCCACCAGUAAUGAACCGACAUUGUCUGAAACACAGGCAGUAAGAGAACGCAAUCAGCGCUUACACGCCAUUCAGAAAGCACUCAAGAGCCGCAUGGGUCGUAAGAGGGCAGAGACACCCGCAGGAGAAUCGGCCAGUGAUGUGUCAUCAUCCAUAGAGCCGUCCGUGACCCGGAGAGCCAGCCCGCCGCACCUUCGUCGACAGAAGUCUACUCAUGUCCGGCAAGACUUUGUUCCUUCUUCUUCUACUUCUCUACCAAACAUUCAACGUGCCACUCCUGCGCCUGAAUCUCGACCUGAAAAUCAGGUUCAAACACGCUCCGCGGAGACAUCAAAUAUCAAUUUUACCAUUGAGGAAACGCUCAAUCCUGAUUUAUCAAGUGCUCAAUCCCCUUCCCUUCAACAUCCUGAAAUUACAACAUCUACAUCUCAAAACCAAGCAUCUCCCCUCUACCAGCCAUUUCCUGGAUCGUCCUCAGCGCCACCGAAUCUCAUCGACGACUCGCAAUCAAGCAUCUCUCAUUUAGACGACGAUGCAGAUGAUAGCGAGGGACCUAUAUCUCCAUCCCGGCUAGAAGAUCGCCGGGACGCGUACCGAGCGGCCUUGGCUACAUUAUAUACUGGCGACAAGAGCGUCAUUUCAUGGACAGACUUUUCUCUAUUGUCGGCGGGUAAUAGCCACUCGCGUGAAGAGGAGGAGCUUUGAUAAUAAGCAAAACCCAAAAAGGCGUGUGUAUUUUUUCUGGAUUGUACAGUGGACGCUAAAAGGCGAUGGCCAAUAUGAGAGUCAGUUUGCUUUGUAAUAAAUAUGUAAUCCUAUUCAUCUUCACCUGUAUACUGUAUAUUAUGUCUGGAGUAUAGUUGUUUCAGAAAGUCAGAGAUAUACUGGAGCAGCAGCAGCAAUUUGCUUCCAGGUUGUAUAUUAUCAUGAAUUAUCCUUGGC